UAGGUAUUAUGAAGCACUGUAGGUGCACUUCGAUGCAAAAGGAAAAGCACAGCUGUAGAGCAGCAUUAGCAUCACACAGGACGCUGACAAAAAAAAUCCCCUUAAUGCUUGGCAACUGGACCACCGCUGGAAAAUCCGGUUAACCUACACGGUAUACUUUGCUGGCGAGCAAGACUUCACUGACAAAUCUUUCACUAAGUGCCGAUCACAUUUCUGGGUAAGUGGGAGUGCAGGGGACAGGAACCCGUACAGGCAGGCUCCUGGCUUCAGUCGCCCACAUCGCUACACCUCCGUGAACAGGAGACCGAGCAUCGCGUGAGACAAAAGUCGGACCGCACUCAUUCUCACUGUGAAGGGUGGCCAGAGUUACGGGUAUUACUGCGCCACCCUGCCGCUUGGCGUCGCUGCUUUCGUGGCUAGUCAGGAAGGAAACAACAUGGCUUCACCCGGUACAGACAGCGAUGUGGUGGUGGCAGCUGCCACUAACCCAGUACCCGUCCCUCUCGAGCAGAUGUCCAAGGAGUAGGGAAAAGAAAUCGCUGUCAGACAGGAAGUGACAUCAUGCAAUGACACUGGGCGACAUGGGUACCCAGCAUCAAGGUUUCAGACUUAACUGCCAUCUAAGACACUUGAACUUGCAAAAUAGGAUCAGCUUCUUCAAAACGAACACUCAUAUUUUGUGGAGAAUUGUUUCUGCCUGACCAUGCCGUAGACGGAAUCACUUAAUUAUAUGUUUUUCUUGCACCCUGGAAUUAUUGGUGGUGCUACAAUUAACACUGGUCUGUCUUUUUAUUCAUCAAUGUGAGCUUCCAUUCGGUUUUCCAAAAGCCAUGCCCUGGUUUAUUUGAGGUUUUGAUAUUCUGUGCCUGUGAUAUUACUCAUGUAUUUGAUGAUGAUUACUGUUGGGUCUUUGCUUGUUUGCAAGAACUAAGUUGCUUUCAUAUAGUUGUGAACUAUGUGCACUUGUCAGUGGAACCAUUGGAAUGUACAACCGCACCUGAACCGUGUCGUCAGUUGUAGGAACAGCAAUAUUACAGUAUUGAAAUCAGCUGAGAAAUCUAGUCAAGCAACUGCUGGGCAGCCUUGUGCAUAAAUGAACGUAAGCAGCUACUUUCCUUUUCCAAACAAAAGGGGAAAAAUACUCAUAUGACACAAUUUGAAGAUAUGGAUAACAGGAAUACAAAGAUUGAGUCCUCUGAGUUUUGUGGUGAGAACUUGAAUCUAGAAGAGUGAGACUGGGUUUACUCCCAAGCCACAUGUCAUCUUCCUGUUUGCAGAAUGAUGUAUCCUCACUUCUGAAUCACUGUGUAAAGUGUUGAAACGUGGGGCUAAAGAUAUUUGCAAAAAAUACUCUUUCAGUCCUUUGUCUUCCAGCACUGUUUUUUUUUUUUUUUUUUGAAGAUUGCUUCCCAUCCCCCAUGUUUGCCUUGCUAAAGUCACAGUAAGGCAAUCUCAUGAGGAACACCUCUCAUUUAGACUGACUCAUCCUAAAAAUUGUAACAAUGGCAACGAAGCGCAAAUCUUCUGUGAUGAAGGGUGAGAAGGUGCCUUGCCAGGAUCUGCGGAAAUACCUGUAUGGUAUAGAUGUGUACAGGCAGGCAAGCAUGCUGCGCAAGGGCCGUGAGGUCCACAAGAUCUACGUGGACGUGCACAAGGGUCUCAGUUUCCUAGAUGACCGCUUCUCCCUCACUGAGUUUGGUCGAAUGGUGUUAGAGAAUGGAAGCGUGCGGGCAGGACGUGCUAGGAACGUGCGCCAGAUUGUGGUAGCCAGAGAAACACUAUAUUGUAGUGGUACAGGAGGAUGCCAGCGAGGAUGUGGUGGACAAGGCCAGUGUCUUUCUGACUGCGAAAAGGCAAAAGUAAGAGGCCAUAAGUGUAGCUUUCGUGUGAAGCUUACCAUGCGACUUGGCUUCGUUGACCAUUGGUUUGUAGAGGUUCUUGGCAGUCACAACUCCUUUAAAGAUGAGGCUAACUCACCAGCAACCUCCACCAUAUCCGAUGGCAAGCAGACAGAGGCUGCAGAUUAUAGUGCCAAUGCAUUAGACAAUGCCAGUGCAAGUCCAAGUUCUGAAACAUCAGAUGACCUUCUGCUGCAGCGGGACUCUCCAGUGUCUGAAGUGGCCUCCCUUCUGAGACAAAAUGGUGCAAGUGCAGCAGCAGCAGCAGCUGCUGCCCUUUGUGAACAGUUUCGGAGCUCCCCUCCUAUCCUCUACCUCAGCCCUGCAUCACAUCUCAAUAUUCCAGUCUUCCCAGAGCCCUUCUCCAUCAGUGCCCAACACCACCGUAGACACCAGCAUCACCAAGCUGUGGCAGCUGCUGCUGUUCUUGGUACAUCACAGCCACAGGUGUCUUCUCUUGACUUGCGUAUCAAGCCUGAUCCGGAAUCUGCUGCCACAACAACAGCUUCUGUGCAUAUCAAGCCUGAUCCAGAAUCUGCUGCCACAACAACAGCUUCUGAUAUUGACAAUGAUAGCCCAAUGGAACUCACUACAAAGGGCUCUUCAGCUAGCACCCCAACAAAGAACGGACAUGCUGUGUUGAGUCAUAAAGAAGGUUCUUCAUGGUCAGAGAGAAAUGAGUUGCUGAAGUCAUAUAUGUCUAGUGAUCCUGCACAGUCUAAUGGCGGUGGAGGUACAAGUGGUGGUGAGAGUUACACCACACGGAAAUAUUGCCAACUAGGUUCACCAAAUAGUUCUUCAAAGAAAUACUGGACAUAUCAGUUCUCAGCUCCAGAACUUACUCCAACGCCAAGUCCCAUGGGCAGUGAGGAUGUUGAGGACCGUACUAUUAUUGAUGAUACAGAAGAUGAAACAGAGGGAUGCCUUGUCAUAGACGAUGAUGCAGAGGUGACAGAACAUGGGGAUGUCGACGAUGAAUAUGAGAAGGACCUCAUGGUGCGUGUUCAGCAGCUCGAGGCACACGUGACACAGCUGCGGAAUAUCGUACUCAAGUCGGACAAAGAGAAGGCAGCCCGCAGGGAUAAACAACGACAGUUCGAUUUCAAUAAGUACAACACCAGACAUGUGGCACUCAAGGUGGCCUAUCUUGGCUGGGAUUACCAGGGAUUUGUUGUGCAGGAAGACACUGAGCGCACUAUUGAGGCCGUCAUCUUUGACGCCUUGCUUAAAACACGUCUCGUAGAGUCAAGAGAAAAGGCUAACUACCACAGGUGUGGUCGAACAGACAAAGGUGUGAGUGCUUUUGGCCAGGUCAUCUCUUUAGACAUGCGGACCAAUUUGUUGAAGGGUCCAGGAGUCAGAGUCAGAGAAGGUGGCACAGCACAUCUUCGUCAAGGGGAAAAAACAACCGAGAUCCGCUAUGUCCACAUUCUCAACAAAGUUUUGCCCCCAGAGGUGCGCAUCUUGGCAUGGGCACCAGUUGAAGAAUCUUUUAGUGCCAGAUUUAGCUGUAAAAAGAGAACAUACAAGUACUAUUUUCCUAAGGGUAACCUUGACCUUCAGCUCAUGAGCGAGGCAGCCAGCAAACUUAUCGGUGAACAUGAUUUCCGCAAUUUGUGUAAGAUGGAUGUUGGGAAUGGAGUGACAAAUUUCAAGCGCAGAGUGCUUCAAGCUGAAGUGAAUGUGCUUGAUGAAGUUGAGAACGGGUACCGCAUGUGUGAGCUGGUGGUAGUUGGACAGGCUUUUCUGUGGCAUCAGAUCCGCUGCAUUGUAGCUAUCUUGUUCCUGAUUGCACAGGGCAAGGAAGAACUUGAGAUCAUUGACGACUUGCUUAAUGUUGAUAAGUGCCCACGAAAGCCCCAGUAUACAAUGGCUUCAGAACUACCCCUGGUAUUGUAUGACUGUGACUUUGGUGAAGAGCUGGAGUGGGUAUUUGAGGCAGACUGGCACGAGGAUAACAUUCGGCAUCUGCAGCAGUUGUGGGCACAGCAUGCUAUCAAGGCCACAAUGUUAAAAAAGAUGCUUGAUGACCUCGACUUGGCCAAAGUGGAAACAGAAUCUGAUAUUGCUCCUUGGAAUGAACUCAGUGCUCCAGUGCUGCAGCAGUCAGAUUGGGUUUUACCUGGAAACAAACCUCGUACCUACAAAUCUCUUCUUUCUCGUCAGACUUGUGAGAGUCUAGAAGAAAGGAUAGAGCACUAUGCGAAACGUCGGAAAACAUCUCAUCCACAGUCUACCUCUGCUUCUGCUUCAUGAUUGCAGUUGUUCUACUUUCUCUCAUUGUAAAUUACAUUUACUGCUGCCGCCAUCAAAAGAACCCAAGAACUGCCUUGCACUUUAUUUCCUGUGAAAGUGUUUCAGAAAUGAUAAGUUUCUGAUCAGUUUUUUAAUCAGGUCUUUGUUCUUGCAUAAACUGCAAGGAUUUUACCUGAGAACUAUUAUGUGAAGAGCUCUCAGCAGCACACUGGAUGGAUGCUUUAAAGUUUUAUGUGUGCAAAGCAUGAGAUUGCUGUUAAUGCAUUUCCCUGGAGAUCUUGGACCAGACAGGACAGGAGGACAAAUGUUACGGACAAAGAAAACAAAUGUUAAUUUGUUUUGGAACCCAUCUUGCCAAACAGAUUUUCAAAGCCUCAGCAACUAGGCAAUACAAUUGCUUCCUUCCUCUUUGGCAUAACUUCCAGGUAAAGCAUCACAAAAAGCCUAAACAUGACAAGCUGGAGGGCACUGGACAGUGGAUUUGGGCUUUACUGUUAAUGCAAUAUUCACCUGUUAUUGUUCGGUAUUGAUGUGAUUUCUUUGUCACUCCUAAGAACUGCAUGAAAUACAUUCCAGAGGGCUCACUUUUUUUUUAAAUUCUCACUUGUGAACCAGACCAAAGGGACUUAACUGUUCCUACGUUUAUGGCUUUUUGUUUUCUUUCUUCUUUAUAUUCCUGCAAACAUUUCCCGUGUGUUACUUCCACCCCACCUUCACAACACACAAGUGGAAACAGUCUAUUUGCCAAGCCAAUGCUGGUUUGGCAUGACAGUCACUUCUGUACGUCCUAUGACAUUGGCAAGUACUUUUUUUAUGUGCCGCUGCCAAAGGUUUUUGGUGAUUUAACUUUUUGGUACUACAGGAUGGCUCCAGUCACCACAUUUUAGUAACCCAUCUAACUAAUGAUUUCCACUUCAGCUUUUAUAUAAGAAUCAAGAGAAUUUAACUGUCCUGUGCAAUUUAGUGAUAAUUUAGUGAUAAUUGAUGGAAAUCAGGGCAUAAGGUGCUAGAAGUUCAACAUCAGGAUAAAAUUAACUUCCAUAUUUUUCCUAUGGUUCAUAAAAAUCAUGUCUUUUUUUUUUGAGACCAUAUGGGCACUUCCUUCCCCAAGUUGCAGUCUUUGAAGAGACUAGUAGCACAUCAGUGGUCACGUCAGGCUGUAUAUUUAAAAUACUCAGGCAUCUUUGUAUAUGGGAGCUGAUCCCUGCCACAGUGGUAAUAAAUUGCUGUGUUUGUAAUACUGGUCAAUGUUGUUGCUAGCUUUUAUGUUUUAUUCUGGUGGUUUGAUCUGUUACUUUAUUUAGCACAUUGAAAACUGGCUGCUCACUUUGUGUGCCAGGAAGUGGCAUUUUUGUUGCCAUGGAGACAUUCUUUCCCCUUCCUCGAUGACAUCAGUAUUUCCUGUUUUCACUUGUUAUACACAUGAGUACAUGAAUAUUCAACUACGAUGUGUGAAGCCAAGGUCACUGUAUUAAAAAAAAAAAAGGAAAAGGAAAGGAAUCUGUAAACUACUGUUAGAUUAAAUACUAAUUAACCAUGGCAUAACUAUAUUAUAGUGUCUCCUUAGUCAUACCAAAUGCCAAAAGAAGUACAAAUUGCAGCCAUACAUGACAGAUCUGCAGCUUUGUCAAUUUAUUUUAUGUAUUCUGCUUUCUGCUGUGCCAUAAAGCUGGCAGUAUUAAUGCUGGAGUGUUGGUUUAGGGACUCCUACUUUGAUCCUAGAGGGUCAUGCCUUUUUUUCUCCCCCUCUCCCACUAAGACAUGCUGCUGGGGAAAUGUGUCUUUUAGUAGUGAUUAUCUUAUUAUCUUCAGUUAAGAAGACAAAGAAAAGUAUCAAGCGAUUCUUUUAUCAUAACUAGAUUUUGCAUUCACUUGAAUUUUGCACAUUAAUGUAUCUGUAUACAAAUAUACAUUCAUGUACACACUAAUACACAUACAAAUAGAGUAUAUUGUAAUGGAAUUUCAAUUCAUUGUUUCAGAUUUCAAUUUAUUUUUUAAAUAUCUAUGGUGGAGAAACUUGAAGAUUUAGAUAAAAUUGGCAAAACCCAGAAUGCACCAGUUUUAGAAGGGUUCUAAAAGCAACUAGAACUGUUCUGGUAGGAACAGCAUUCUUGCACUUCUGUUGACUAUUCUUGGGGGGAGGAGGAGGUUUGUGUUUUUUAAAUGUUACUAAACACACCAGUUUUCUCUUCUGCAAACACCCUUUCCUUAUGCUCUUGGUGUAUGUGAGAGAAUGUGACCUGACAAAUUUAUAUGAAAAAAAUUGAUUAUAGCUCAUUACUUUUAUUUUGUCACAUUUAAAAUGGAAAUUUAAAAUUAAUUACUUUAAAAUUAAUAGAAAAACUUCUACAGAAACAAUUCCUGCAAGCUGUUAGGUAUUAUUUUCCAUCACUGCCGAACUAUUUACUUCUGAUUUCUAUUAAGGGUUUUUCUGUUAUGAAGUCGUUCUCAAUCUGCAAUUCUCACUUGGGCACAUAUUUAUUCUUUAUUUAUUGUCUUCUAUGGGUUAUGUGACAUGGUUUUCUUUUGAAAGGUUGUAUUGGCUGCGUUUUGCUUGUAAAUAAUAAUUCCAAGCAUAUUACAUGAAAAAUUAUUCCUUUGCCAGUCAGAUUUGUUAAUUUGCUUCUCCAUCAGCUGUUUCUAACCUGGUGACUUGGUCAUCUCUACCCCUUCCUUGAGUUUCCUCCUGAUGAUAGUUCCCCUUCCUUCUCCCAAAAAUAUGUUCUUCUUUCUCCCAAGAAUAUGUUGAUCCAAGAUCUUGGGUUUAAAAAGUUGCCCACAUAGAAACUGGUAUACUGAUAUUGCAUAUAAAACCCUUGUGUAUUGUUUGAUGUAUUCUGUAUUAUUGUUACUUUAAGUUAUCAUAAACACUGAAACAGUAUUUUUGAAUGGAGAAAAGGAAAUUUAACCUAUUUUUUAUGUUGGGCAUAUACUCAUGUACAGUUUUAGUGUUGAAAAAAUGUCUGUGGUCUCUACAUUCAGGAUAUGUUUGUAAUGGUUUGAUGCAGGUGUAACACAUGCUUUCUGUGAAUGUGCCCAUUUACAUGGUUAGCACAUGUAUGGUAGAAAUAUAAUACAUAAAGAAUUGCAUGAUGAGCAUCAUGGAAACCUGGUGGUGUUUUAAUUUGGUAAGUGAUUAUGGCAUAGAACAUGUUUAAGCACUGUUACAUUUUACAGAUAGAGACACUAUUAACAUCAGCAGGGUUCAUGUCAGAAUGUUGAAAUCAGGUGUGGGGUGGAGAGACUUUGAUUUUGUCAUUUCUGAGAGAGAAAAAAAAACUUUUCCACUGUUAGUUGAAGGGAGUGCAUCAGCCAUCAGUAAACAGGCUUAAUACAUCUGCAAGGCCAUUCUUUCACUCUGGAUCUUGAAGGCAGCCUUUAUUUGAUCUGACCUGAGUGUAGCAGGCAGCUGUAGUGAAAGCUGGUUAGCACCAGUAUGCACACCAUCCAAUGCCCUGUUUUUGUCCAGUAAGUGCAUUGUACAUAGCAAGCAGUUUACAGGCAGCCAGGUUACAUCAGAUGGUUGAGUCUUUUCUGCUUCAUAGGUUCAUGACAACCAGGCAGCUGGUCAUAGUUGUCAGUCAAGAAACAACUUUUAUCAGAAGCCAGUCUCAGAAGUAUGGAGUUUGAUAGUUUGUUAUUUAAAUCUCAAGGAUUUUUGUCUUGUUUUAAAGGGUUUACAUUGAAAAUCAGAGUAGUAAGCUAAUUUGCAGAUGAUUUAAGGAUAUCACCAAGAGAACUUUUAAAAACUUUUUAAAAUUGUGAUAUUUUUUAUAUAGAAUAUUUUAUUACAGCUGCUUUCUCAUUAUUUAGGAUUGAGGCUUGACUUGUGAUCAUGAAUGCUGUUGGUGGUAUGGGAUUUCUGCAUCAAUUUCCUUUUUUU